AUAGUGCAUUAUUUUUUAGCUUUAUAUAAAAUUUUAGUUUAAAUUUUUGUGCUAGUGGUCUCAAAGUAAUUUUUUAAAAUGUUACAUGAAAAGUGAAGCUGGUAAAAGUGGAAGUUGAAUUUUCUUGCAUUUGAUAUAGAAUUAACACCAGUCAUGGUGAUGUUUGUGAUUGUUACAAUCCGUAGUUUAUUUUGGAUACUCUCUUCAAUAAGCACAUUUAUGAUAGCAACCUAUGCUCUUGGUACACCAAAAUGGCUCCUAGGAAAAAAAUUAACUACUUUAAGUCAAAAUAAUCGUACUAUAGAGUAUCAAGAUUCUCUAGGACUUUUUAACAGAUGUAAAUAUGGUAAAUGGCUGACAGGAGUAUCAACAUGGGAGUGGGAAACCAGAUGCUACAUAUCUGCUACCAGUUUUGGAAUGAUAUCUUCUCCAUAUUGGAAAAUAUCUGUACUUGCAUUAGGUGUAGCAACAUUUUUUUUGGCUGUUGCUUCAAUAUUUGGAGUUGUAAGUACAUGUAAGCAAUUAAUAAGAAGAAAAUCUUUGAUGAACAUAGCUGGUAUUUUUCAAGCAUUUGCAGGCAUACUGCUAAUAGUUGCUAUUGUUUUUUUCCCCCUUGGUUGGGACAGUCAACAAGUGCAUAAACAAUGCUAUGAAAAAGACGAUAAACCAUUUAAAUUCAAAUUAGGAUUUUGUGUUAUUGGAGAGGCUUAUUUGUGUGCAAUUGGUGCUACCUUUGCAGCAUUUUUCUGCUCAUUAUUUUCAUUUGUUGCUGACAAAGCUGUGUUUUCUGACAGGGUUCAAGAUGAAAUUUUAGAGGGGAAGCAACUGAUUUGUGUUUUUUAACUAGUUAAGUAUUAAAAAAAAAGUAUAGUUUUUAUUUUUUGUAUAAAUUUUUAUCAUUAAGUUUGUCUGAUUUUAUGUUGAAAAAUUAUGAUGAUACAUUUUAGCACUUUUUUUAUACUUAUAUAAGCAUGUAAAUAUUUUUAAUUUUAUAGUGUGUUAAUGAAAAUAGAAAAUUUAAAAAUUAAAUUUUUGUUGUAAUUUUUUUGACUUUUAAGUUUUUUUUUAAACAUUUAAUGUUUUUCUUUAAAAAUAGUAUUUAAUAAAUUUCUAUAAAUAAAUAAUACAUAACCUUUGUAUUUUUGUGCAUCUGAAACUAAAUUACAGAAAGUUUUUUUUUUUUAUUUCUGAGGAAAGUUCCUUUUGUGUAUAUUGUUUGUGUUGUUAGCAUUAAUUAUUUUUAAUAUUUCAAAUACCUAUAAAAAAUAAAGUGUAUUGAA